AUGAUCAAAAUACUUCUCCUUAUUUCUCUCCUGCCACCAAGAUAUUUAUCAAUAUCCGAAGGAACCGUUUAUGCAGUAGGUCAAUUGUUAUGUAAAGGACAACCGUAUGCAUACGAACAUGUUCGGAUUUAUGAGAAAAAUUAUGUGUUCCGAGAUUCUGAGUGGAUGGAAACGAAAACGGAUCAAUACGGUAAUUUCUCGAUGAAAGUUUGGGGGUCCGAUUAUCCAACGGUAACUCCAUAUGUCUAUGUACCAAAUUACUGUGGUUCUAAAUUGUCAGUCGGUCGACGAUGCAGUUCUGGAGGACUACAAAUCAACAUUCCAGCUUCAUAUAUAACCGAGAGACAUGUUCCAGAAAAGGAAUUUGAUAUUGGCUCGGUUGAACUUCACAAUAACGAUGACUCAGAACGAUUGGGACUCGGAUACAUUCUAUGGGGAGUUUUCGCCAAAACGAUGGAGUGUAAAGACUACUGA